AUGUCAAAACCAGAUAAACCAUUAUCAGCUACAGUUGAAGAUCUAGUACAACUAAGAGCAAUCAUCUCACAAUUUCAAGCAACUUAUAAAUCAAUUCUUGAAAAAUCGCCAACUCCAGAAUUAUUUGAAUACUAUUUAAAGUUAGGGAAUGCUAAAAUUGAAACAGGUGAAGCAGUAAGUACAUUGGAUAGAUUAAAAGGAAUUAUUGAAACCCCACAAAUCAAAGUAGCUGUUAGAAUACGUCAAUUAGGUGAAGCUGAAAAAUUACCAUUUUUAACUGGAUUAUUAAAUGUAAAUUUCAAAGCAGCUGCAGGUACUGAUCAAACUUUACAAACUUUCUUAGAUAUAAUUCCAACAGUUGAUGAUAAAACUAAGAAGUUGUUGAAAUUUAAUGAUGAAAGCACCAAGUUAUCAACUGAUUAUUAUUCAUAUCCACCUACAUUACCAUUAAUGGCAAAUGAUUUAUUAUUAGUCAGAAUUUGUACAGAUAAGUCAUAUAGACGUAUUAGUGACUUUGUUGAAUCAAAAUCAAUCAAGUAUAAUAAUUCACAUAAUGCAAAAUUGGCAAUAAGAGGUAGAUCGAUUAUGGAUUUCUUAUUACUAGAAAUAUUGGAAGAAAAAUUUCCAAAUUUAUAUGAAAAUGAUUUGGUGGUUAUAAGAAGUAGAUUGAUGUCUUCUGAACAAUUAGCUAAAUUUGCCUUUGGGUAUAAUUUAGUUGACUCAAUGAAGUAUAAUCUAUCUUCAGAUGCAAAUAUUGAAGAAAAAAUGGUCAUAUGUGGAAAUAUUUUCUUAUCUUAUAUAGCUGGUCUACAAAUGGAAAAUUAUGACUUGAAAGAAAUUAAAUUGUGGUUGAAAAAAUUAUAUGAACCUUUGGUAAUUGAUUUAAAAGCAUCUACAACUCCAAUUGGAAAAAUUGCAUUAAUUGAAUUAGAAAAUUUAUUUAAAUCUAUAACAAAUUUAACAAAAUUACCAUUCGAUAAUAUUAAAUAUGAAAUUGUUGAAGUAAAAUCAGAUCCACAUCUUGCUCAUGUUUUAGUUGGUGGGGAAGUUUUGGGAGUUGGAGUAUCUAGUGUAAGUUUUGAAGAUGCAAAAGAUCGUGCAGUUUUAGAUGUUAUGGAUAAUCAAAAUAGUAUAAACAAGAUUUUCACAAUUAUGAAAGAAAGUUAUUUAAGAAAUAGAGGUGAACUAGUUCCGGUCGAUCAUAAUCAGCAACAAUCCAUGGCAGUAGCAGUUCAUGAUAAUUACUCUGAUCCACAUGCAUACCAAACUAAUUCAAGAGAUGCUAAUACAGCCCCAAGAUCACAAUAUAGAAUGUCUCUGGUUACAUCAGAAGUAUCACAAGGUAUACAUGAACAAUAUCCAUAUCAACAAAAUUCAAUGUAUCAAAACCAAAUGCCUCCUCAAAAUGUCGGUUAUCAACAAUCUCCACCACCAAUGCAAAGAUAUGGUCAACAACCUACAUAUCAACAACAACCACCACCACCACAACAACAACAACAACCAAUGUUUUCACAAUUUGGUCAACCACAACCACUACCACCACAAAUGCAAAUGUCAAGAGGUUCACCACACAAUUCAUAUCAACAAAUAAACAAUCAAAUGAAUAGUUUUGGAGUUCCAGAACCAGUAAGUGCUUUCAAUCAACCAAUAAAUUGUCCAAGAGUUCCAUUAUCAGUAAAAGAAAUUAAUAUGCAAGCUAAAAAUGAUUUGUAUGCCAUAUUAGGACCAUUACAAUUAAAAGCUGAUUAUGAUGUUAAUCAAGUUGGUACUGAAUAUCAUACUAUUUGUUCAUGUAAUGGUAUUCAAUUAGGAUUUGGUGUUGAUACAAGUAAAAAGAAAUCAAGUCAAAAAUCUGCUAUGGCAGCUUUAGAUAAUCAUGGUGCUUUACAUCAAUUAGGAGUACCAAAUCGUUAA